UUACUUUGCUGAAUAUUCAGUCCGAAUUCGUUAACAGCCGCUAACGGUUUGCUCCGGCUGCUCCGAUCGUCCGUGCAGAGCCCCCUCCACAUAUAUAGUGUAUCUAUACGAUCCCGAAGGGAUACAACCAUCUGCAGGCAGCAUGUCCAAGGUGGCGCAAAGUGCUGACAAUGGCAAUGCCAACAGCAACGAUAUCUACAACAUCGUCCUGCUGGUGGUGGACGUCGUGCUGCUGAUCGUCAAGUUCUGGAUCGCCGUCUUCGAGGCCAUCGUGGGCGUCUUCCGCGCGAAGCCCCUCGAGGAGGUCAAUGGCAAGGUGGUGCUGAUCACCGGCACGGGCCACGGCAUGGGCAAGCAGAUGGCCCUGCAGUACGCCAAGCUGGGCGCCACCCUCCUGUGCUGGGACGUCAACGAGCAGACCAACAACCAGACCGUCCAGGAGAUCAAGGCGAACGGGGGCAAGGCCUACGGCUACGUGUGCAAUGUGACCAAGCGCGAGGAGCUGAUCGAGCUGGCCCAGAAGGUGCGCAAGGAGCACGGCUUCGUCCACGUGGUGGUCAACAACGCCGGCAUCAUGCCCUGCCACCCGCUGCUGGAGCACACCGAGAGCGAGAUCCGCCUGAUGUACGACAUCAAUGUGCUCUCCCACUACUGGAUCAUCCAGUCCUUCCUUCCCGAGAUGAUCGAGCGCAACGAGGGCAGCAUUGUGGCCCUGUCCUCCUGCGCCGGACUCUUUGGCCUGAUCAACCUGGUGCCCUACUGCGGCACCAAGUUCGCCGUCCGCGGCUACAUGUCCGCCCUCGCCGAGGAGCUGCGCCAGAAGAACCCCAAUAACAACGUCAAGCUGACCACCAUCUACCCGUACAUGAUCGACACGGGUCUGUGCAAGAACCCCCGCUACCGGUUCCCCAAGCUGUUCAAGCUGAUCUCCGCCGACGUGGCCGCCGGCUCGAUCAUCGAGGCCCAGCGCCAGGGCCUGGAGGAGGCCUCCAUUCCGCGACACUUCGUGGCCGUGGAGAAGAUCGGUCGCCUGAUUCCCCGCAAGGCCAUGCGGCUGGUGAACGACUUCCUCGACACGGGCGUGGACACCGACAAGCAGUAGGUCUUGUCUGCGAGUGCUGUGGAUGCCACACCCUACUUUCCUACAGUAGAUCAUAGAGCUUUAUUGUUUUUUUUUUACUAUUAACUCCUCUUAAUUGCUGUGUAGAGAAGUGCAACUAAUUUAGCUGUUAGAAAGGUUGUUACUUAAUCAAGGCGAACGUUGUCGGGCUAAUUGUGUUGGUCGUAAUAAAGGUCUCCAAAGAGUA